CCCUUUUACUUGAAAAUUUUAAUACAGUCACCUUAGACUAUUAUCUUGGAGACAGUAUGAGUUUGGUACAAUUAAAAAUCACUGAUUUUACGACCGGUCCGUCAGGAAAAUUUGUUCUCGAUAGAGCAUUAAAAAAAAACAAAAGGUAUCGGUUUCAAGUGCCUCAAUUACCAUUCGAAUGCAUCGAAGAAAUAGUUGAGAAUUUAAUCGAAGAUCACGAGGCCUUGCACUCUUGUAUAUUGGUCGAUAGACUCUGGUGUCGCAUUAGCAUGCCCAUCCUAUGGAGAUUUCCUCAAAACUUUAGCAUCAAUCAUCAAAAUUUUUGGUCAAAGAUCGUCAAGCCGAUUCUGUCGUGUAUGAAUACGACAUCUCUGGAACUUAUAAAGGCCAUAGGGUGUAAACUGGUUGAUUCGAUUCAACGACCACCUCUAUUCGAUUAUGUUGGGUAUAUGCAAAAACUUACGUGUUGCGAUGUACAUAACAUAAUAGAAUACAUCCUACCAGAACUGGGACGAAACGAGAAUUCAAUAUUACAUAAUAGUCUAGUGGAAAGGGUGUACAACCUCUUCUUAAACGGAGGAUCAAGGUUAUUCUACUUUGAGAUUCCAAACAUUCCAAUCUGUUAUCAUUUAUGUGCGACUUCGAAGCUCUCGAAUUUACAGAUAUUCGAAUGCGAUCUCGACACUUCACCGAUGUAUUUUUAUGAGAUGGCCAAGUAUUGCAAUAGUAUUCAACAGUUGCUCAUUUUUAUAGAUGAUUGUGUCCAAGAAAAUUUCGGACUGGUGACUCUGAUUAAAUCUCAACGGUGUUUGAGAUACGUAAGAAUUCGAUCAGUCGCAUGGAAAUCUCAAAUGAGGGUUUGUUUACAUGAACUGGCGAAAGCUAUCAAGGGUCAUUCUGCCACCUUGACCUAUUUCGAAAUAUCGGGUUACAUCUGUCUUCCAGUAAGCAUCAUUGAAGCGUUCGAAAAUCUGAAAACGUUGGUGAUUUCGAUGGAUUAUCAUAGCACUCAGGAGUUAUCAGUCACAAGCUUUCCUAAGCUGGAAGAGCUUGAAAUUCAAUAUGAUGAAUUUACGCAGUUUAGUACUUACAUGGGUAUUAUCAGUAAAACGCGUGGAACACUUAAAAGAAUCUUUUGGCAAUUUAUGGACUUUGCUCAUGACUUAGAUGUCGAUACUUAUGCCCGAACCAUAAUAAAAUCUUGUCCAAACCUUAGAUUUAUUUCCUUAUAUAUCGAAAAAAGUUCAAUUGGCUCUUUGGAGAAAAUCCUGAGAUCGUGUAAGUUGCUGGAAGGAAUCGAUAUUCAGACGAGCGUGAGGUCGGAUUCAUCUUUAACAACUUUGGCGCUUGAGCUGUUGGGCAAACAUGCACCAAAAGGUUUGUCCAUGAUUGUGAUGGAUGUAUUUGGAUGUGAGAUUUUGUCCGAAGCAUUAGAAAUGUUUCUAGACGAAUGGUGGGGGCAAAAAAGAAAACCGCUUGGAUUGUACAUAAAUAUGGAGAAACCAUCCCAGGAAAUCCUCGAUAUCGUCGAAUGGUAUAAGUUUAAAGGAGUUUUCAAGGAGUUCUGCUAUCGCAACACGACACCAUUCUACGAAAUCGAUUCGAUUCGUAAAGUUUGGCGGUCCGACUUUCCUUUCGAAUUACCUUAG